AUGGCUCGUCACUUCCUCCUCCUCACCGCACUCUUCCUCACAACCUCUCUCGCCUCUGGUAUCGCCGCCCUCAACACCACCUCCUCCGAACCCCUCACCCCACGUUCCAAUUACGGCUGGUCCCCCGCCGUCCUCCUCCAAGACAGCAGUGGCAUCUGCCCCCAAUACGCAUACAUAAACUGCCAAUCCAUCAGCGGCCCAAACUAUUGCUGUGGCACGCAUACUUACUGCGCCUACGGUGGCCCAGAAAACCAUAUCGGUUGCUGCGCAGACAAUGCCGUUUGUGAUGGCGAGCCCGAUACACCGUAUACGACUGUAUAUGUGCCUAGUGCGACGGCAACAACAUGGUGGACGCGUAAGUGCAGCUUUUGUAACUUGGGAAAGGAGGCAUGA